UCUCUCCUCUGUCCUUUUCUCCCUUUCCUCUCCUGAAAAUAUAUUGUCUUUGCUUCUCUUUUUCCUUGUGAUUCUCCGGUCACCACACCUGCAGAUUUAACACCGACAAGGUUUAUCGCCGAUGGAGGCUAAGCUACUCAGACCCACGUUUUACGAUUCGCAAACCUUCAAUCUCGCGAAUUCUUCUAGACCCGUCUCGUAUCAUUUAGCCUGUAAAUCGAGAUUUGGAAUAGCUGGGUCUCUCUCCCUUCGACUCUCCGCAGCUUCACCGAUCCGAUACUCAAGGGGGCUACGAGUCGAUGAGAGUGAGAGCUUGACGCUUGACAGCAUACGACACUCUUUGAUUCGUCAAGAGGACAGCAUUAUCUUCAAUCUUCUUGAGCGAGCUCAGUAUCGCUACAACGCUGAUACAUAUGACGAAGAUGCUUUUGCUAUGGAAGGGUUUCAAGGAUCUUUGGUCGAGUUUAUGGUCAGAGAAACUGAACAGCUCCAUGCUAAGGUGGACAGGUACAAGAGUCCCGAUGAGCAUCCCUUUUUCCCACAAUGCUUGCCGGAGCCAAUUCUUCCCCCGAUUCAAUACCCACAGGUUCUGCAUCAUUGCGCUGAUUCGAUAAACAUCAACAAGAAGGUGUGGAACAUGUAUUUCAGACACCUUCUUCCCAGAUUGGUCAAGCCAGGGGACGAUGGUAAUUGUGGUUCAGCUGCUCUCUGUGACACAAUGUGUUUGCAGAUACUUUCAAAGAGAAUUCACUAUGGUAAAUUCGUUGCUGAGGCCAAGUUUCGUGAAAACCCCUCUGUCUAUGAAACAGCCAUCCGAGAACAAGACCGGACACAGCUGUUGCGGCUUUUGACGUAUGAAGCGGUUGAAGAAGUAAUCAAGAAAAGAGUUGAGAUUAAAGCCAGAAUUUUUGGCCAAGACAUAACGAUCAACGAUCCAGAGACUGGAGCUGAUCCUUCCUACAAAAUUAACCCUAGCUUAGUGGCAAAACUCUAUGGAGAAAGGAUCAUGCCCCUCACAAAGGAAGUCCAAAUUGAGUACUUGCUUAGAAGGCUGGAUUGAUGUUGUCAAAGUAGGAACCAUAACAUUUGUAUUUGAUCUUAGUUUCCGAAACCGUAAUUUGACAUAAGCAGCGUUAACUAGCUAGUUCAAGUUGAUUUUAUUACAGAUGUAAACUGAGAAUCAAAACAAAUGAACUACACUUGAGAGUAAUAAAGAAUUCCUUUUUGAGUA